AUGAUCGAGGAAGCCCAAGGAGCCAAUGCUUCACACACCAUGUUCGUUUUCAUUGGUUUCCCAGAGACCUACAAGCAUAGGCCCUGGUACUCAGUGCCCUUGCUCCUGAGUUACUUGCUUGUCCUGGUGGGGAACUCCCUCCUUCUCUACAUCAUUCACAACACUAAGAGUCUCCACAGCCCCAUGUACAUCCUGGUAUCCACGCUGGCCGUGGUCGACAUCAUGAAUCCCACGGCGAUCAUCCCUAAGAUGCUGCUGGGCCUCUUGUUCGACCUGAGCGAGAUCACACUGGCCGGGUGCCUGACGCAGAUGUUCAUCACGCACUUCUUCUCGUCUGUGGAGUCCACCAUCCUCCUGGCCAUGGCGCUGGACCGCUACGUGGCCAUCUGCCACCCGCUGCGCUACGCGGAGAUCGUCAACAAUGCCCUGUUCGCAAAACUGCUCAUCUUCACCCUCGUCCGCAGUGGGGCCAUCAUGCUAACGCUAGUUGGCCUGGUGGUGCCCCUGUCGUUUUGCGGCUCGAACAUCAUCAGCCACUGCUACUGCGACCAUAUGGCCCUCGUUAGCCUGGCGUGCAACAACACAGACAAGAACAACGCCAUGGGGGUGGCUGUUAUUGUGUGUUUCGUUGGUUUCGAUAUAUCGCUCAUAUUCUUCUCCUACGUCAGCAUCUUGCACGUUGUUCUAAGGGCGGCUGUCGGGGAGGACAGGUGGAAAGCCUUUCACACCUGUGGUACCCACCUGAUGGUGAUGAUGAGCUUUUAUCUGGUGGGUAGUGUGACGUUCCUCUCCCACAACCUGCACAGCCCCAUACCCGUGGACGUUAACACCUUUCUGGGUUUGCUCUACAUCAUCUUCCCCGCCACUGUUAAUCCCAUCAUCUACGGGGUGAGGACUAAGGAAAUAAGGCACACAAUAGUGAGAAUGUUCAAGGUUCAGGCCAAUAAGGUGUUUGUGGUACAAAUUUCAUCUGUGAAAAAGUGACACUAUAUGUGGCCUACACAGAACUGACUUUUGAGUUUGCAUAUUUUCAUAUUGUCAAAACUGUUUGAUAUAUAAGGGAUAAUGUACAGUCAUUCUCCAUGAUUCUGAAGAGCUGUAUGAUAUGUGUGUGUAACAGACAUCUCACUCUGACUCAUCUCACUCUGACUCAUCUCACCCUACUGCUCCUAGUCCUAUUCAGCGGUUUCAUUGACAUACAUCUGAAUGUGAAUAUCAAUGUCUGGAUGCUGAAAGAUCUGAUCUGGUCCUUGCUUUCACAUGUGAUGUUAACAUGCGUCAUUGUGUUCUAUUGUCAUUGUGAUCAGAUCUACUGUUAAACUAAAUGGAAUAUGUGGACAUACAUUCUUUUUCUGAACACAGAAUUUGAAUUGAGCUUACGUCAGCUUUAGAUCAAUGAUACAUGUAAUGUGUUUUAUUCAUUGACAUUUUUACCAAUCCAGGUUCAGGUUUUACUUUUGGACCUGAUGUAUCACGUUUGUAAAACUAUUUUGUACCAUAUUGUAUUGCAGUAUGUUGGUCUAUCCAGUAUGUUGGUUUAUAAACUGAAUGGUAAAAAGAAUACGUCAAUAGAUGCAAGGUGUAAGCAUGAACCAUGUGAAAAAUACUCUUUUUUUAGACAAAGUUGACCUGUUUUGUUUUUGUUUGUUUUUUUUAGAUUUUGGUCAAAAGGUCAGAACACAGACUUGUCUAUUAUCACUAUUUUUUUAAGUUUCAGAAAUGCUCUGGUAAAUGUUUCAUGAUAUGAUUUUCAUUAAUUUGCUACAAAAAGCAGAUCAGAUGUGUUUCAUUCCAUUUUAAAUACAGUGUCAGAUCACGAGACAAAUUUAAUUCCAAUAAAAUACUUAACUAAAGUUUAAUGAAUCUUUGUGUUCUAAUAAAUGCUCACCUCUAAUUCUUGAACACUGUCCUCCUCCUCUAGCCUGUCCUCUUCCUCAUACUCAUCCUCAAUGAAGUAAACACCAUUAACAAACACCGCUUCUAAUUCAAAUCAGGGAGUUCAACCAUCAGUCCUUAGCUCCCGUUAUGAUGGGUUUUCUGUCCCUCUUGCUUCACACCAAUUUUGGUGAGGAGUAUUUCUCUGAAUAGAGAUGGCAAACUUUUAAAUGCCAGUGUUGAAUUUAAUGUCAGUGUGGACUUAAUUGUAGCUUGCUUAAUUGUAGCUCUUGUCUAUAUAUAGAAAUGCAUGUAUCUUGCAGCACAUGUGGAGGUGCUCUUGGUGUGAGGAUGUGAACACAAUGAUGUGGAGUUGGUUCCACCACACACAAUGAUGUGCUCAGUAUACAGAUAUACA